CUCAAAAGAGGGGGAACCCCAGUUGUCAGAAGUGUUCGCCGACUAGCGUAAAUUAGGGUAUCGAUUUCGAUACGUGAGUCACCAGCGUUGAAUUUGUAAGCUAUUUUGCAUCAGCUGGGCUGGUUCACUGAGUCAACAGAAUUCGGCCAGCACGCUUGCUGGACGCUGGACGCGUUUCGGACGUUCAUGCGCACCGGUUCUAGUGUAUAGGCUUCCGGCCCAAAUAUUUGGGCUUGCACGUUGAGUUUGGUGCCUCGCUGUGGCUCUCCCCCUGCGACGGAGUGACUUUUUUGCCAGCUGGGCGGACGGACGUGUUUUCUACGAAGGAAGACGCGUUACGCUCGGACGUUCAGUCGGACGGCGGGACGACGACCCCUCCACCCCCUCGGGCCCCAGUCGCCCCUGCGCUGUUGGGAAACCCUUCUGCGCCGCAAUCCGCACUCGGUUUGCUGCGUGUUGACAAGUUGUACGCGAGAUAAGAAUAGUCGUCUUUAAAACGAAACCUGCCUCAACACAUCCAGUAGAACAGCAUCCAAAAAAUGAUCGCCGCCAAGAAACAAACGAACUCGGAGCUCCUGACUCUGGCCCUGCUGCUGAGUCUGCUGCGACCUGAGACUGCUCCAGUUCCUUGGGCCCAAAUAGGAGGCCCGCGACUGCAACUCGGCGUCUCGGGCCUGGUGCGCAGCAUUUGGGGCCCGUCCGUUGGCCCACCACCCCUGGUGGCGCGAUCGUCCCUCAAGAACCUGCUGCUUGAUCAGCAGAACGAGAACGCCAUCCGCCUUGAUUACAACUCCCUCUUGUCGGAACUUGCCACCUUGGGCCAUAUUUCUCAAGCGCCUUCAGAAAGGCUUGGUGUGCAGGGUAGCUUCGCCACCUACCUGCUGACAGAGGUUUCAGCGCCGCCGGGGGAGGGGGGCGUGGCUACUGAGGAAGCGCCGCCUCCACUGCUCCAACUGCCGCAACCUCAGGCCCAAGUUGAGCACCGGGACCAAGCAGAGGAUCCGUUGCUGCUGCCACUGCUGUCACCACCGGAUUCGCCGUCGACCAUCACGCAGGACCUCUCCAUUGAGGACAUGAAUUUGAUCGAGUCGCUGUGGAAGCAGGACGUUGACAUUGGUGUGCCGCCCCUUGGGGCCAGUCUUGAGGGAGACUCGACACCCCCGUUGUUGCUUGACAAACCGUCUUCUCCGCCUUCACUGUCUAAUGUGAAGCUUGAGGCUGAGGAAGAAGGUGACGAAGGGCCCCUUAGUACCCUUGACCCCUGGACAGGACUUCAGUACACCAUCGACUUGGAAACAGGCGAGUAUGAGUUGUGCAAGAGCGAGGAAGAAAGCGGCGUCGACUGCCUGGUGCUGAGCAACGUCGCUGACGACGACGUCCACGAAGAAGAAGUCGCCCAAAAUAAGCCAGCGGACGACGAGGACGUCGACAGGCCGUCAAGGCACGUCGUCGACGACGAUUUCGACCUUCCGUCUGCUUUGGGCACCUUCUCCCUGGAGGAGGCGCUCAAUCUUGCUUCGCUCGACAGCCACUCGCACUCGAUCACAAAGGAGGAGAUCGAAGAAGACUUAGCCGCCGCCGCAGCGGAAGAGGAAGAAGAGGAGGAAGGCGCGGCUGCGAUGAGCAACCCGUCGGCGCAGCAGCACGGGCUGCUCCACCACCACCACCACCACCACCCCGUGUACGCGCCGAAGCCUCACCACCUCAGCUCUGACGGCCGAAUGCCAAUGGGGGUCCGCGGUGGAGUCGGCAGCGGCGUCGGAGGCAGUGGAGGCGGCUGGGUGGACGUCGGCGUCGCCUUUGACGCCGUCGGCCCUGCUGACGUGUUGCCCCCGCCGCCGCCCCACCACCAGCCCUUCCCUUCAAGUUACCUGGCUGACCCCCGGUCCGUUCUCCUCCACAACGCAUCCCUCGCACCCCCGCCACCGAUGCCAGACUUCAACGCCACAGCUCCUUUGUUCGGUAACAGCUCCUUCUGCGGCGUGCGUGAAAGCAUGCGUGGCGCCGGGGGCGCCUGUGGUGGCAACGCGGGAGCGGGAGCGCACUUGGGCUCGGCGGUGGCUGCGUCCAUGAACCUGAGCGCCCCUGAGGGCAUGGCCCCUUCGUCGGAGGCACCCUUCAAGCUUGACCACGACUCGCUUUACUAUCAGCAUCCUCACUUCUUGCAGAAUGCUUCUGGGGGCGAGUCGAUGAACCAGUCCUCAACCGAGGGAUUUUUUUCCUCCAUCCUGAAUGACGAGGAGUUGCAACUAGUUGACAUGGCCAUGAACGAAGGAAUGUACACAAUGCGUUUGUUGGACAACUCGACUGCCAGUGGAGGAGUGGGCGUUGGGGCCGCGGCGCCGGCUGGUGACGCCGAUGGCUCAAGUGACAGCGCCGUCAGCUCAAUGGGUUCAGAACGCGCGUGGGGAACAGAACCUAGCACUUCAAACUCGUACCUUGAUUACUGUGCCACUGGUCAGAACGGCUGCAAGUACCGACCUUAUGACUACAGCGGCGGUGCCUAUGCCGGCGGCGUGCGAGGCUCUGGGGGCCCUGGCGGGCCCCCUGGAGGCGGUGCGGGCGCCCAGAAGAAGCAUCACAUGUUCGCCAAGCGCUACUUCAACGAAACCAACGAGCCCAAGUGCCUAGACUUUGGUAGUGCUCGCGGACCCCUCGGCGGGCCAGAACCUCCAACCCCAGCUCUCGCGGAUCACGUUAACCACAACCACACGUACCAACUGCCUGGUGGCCUCCCCGAACCCUCGCCACACCCCCGCCGACCCACGAGGGACAAGAACAAGCAGUCAAUAGAAGACGCUGAGCACCUGACACGAGACGAAAAGCGGGCACGUUCAAUGCAUGUGCCCAUCAGCGUGGAAGACAUUAUUAACCUGCCAAUGGACGAGUUCAACGAGAGACUGUCAAAGUUCGACCUUACGGAAGCACAACUUUCUCUCAUCAGGGACAUUCGCCGGCGCGGCAAAAACAAGGUUGCGGCACAAAACUGUCGGAAGAGGAAGCUGGACCAAAUCCUGAGCUUGGCUGAUGAGGUGAAGCUGAUGCGGCACCGAAAGCACCGUUUACUCAGGGACAAAGAACAAAUGCAGUCUGAGAGGCAGAAGCUCAAGGACAAAUUCGCUCAGCUCUACAGACAUGUCUUCCAGCAAGAUAGCGCUUUAAAGUUCUAAUGGAAUCCGGCACCUGAAGAUGUGUGAGAUUUUGAACUCCCAAUUAGGAUUUUUAUUUGAUCUCCGCUGCAAAUUGGAAUAUUGAGGCGAUUUCUUCACUACCUAAUUUUUUACGAGCAACAACUCUUCUGUGAGAAUUUUUUUUGUAAAUAUGCAAAUAAAUAGUCAAUAGUUUAUAUUAAUUAUUCAAAUAAGUAUAAAUUGCUUACAAAUAACACAUAAAAAAACUUUGCAAGAUUCAAGAUUCAAGCCCUGAAGAUCAAGAUCAAGAUAGAUUAGUCAUAAGAUAGAAUUGUGAACUAUUUGUGAGGUAUCGAAGAGUUAAACUUGAAAGGCAUGAAUUUUUCGAGAUUUGUUAUUAAUGCCACUGCCAUAUCUCGUUUACUAAUCUUCGCAACUGCCAAAACUGCACAAUUUUUGACUCGUCUCGACUUCUCCAAACACCUUUUGGUAUGUGUGAUUUAUUCAAGAUUGAUUGAAAUACUGCAAUGAAGAGAUAGAAAAAACCUGAGCAUCCUUACAAAGCGAUUGUUGGUUCCAGUUUGUUUUUGAGUGGAAUAGAAAUCGUGUUUUGCGUGGUUUUGUUACGUAGAGCUUGAAAAUUUGAGAAAAUGCUGAGUGAAGAAAAUAAAAAUUGAAAAAUUUAAACAAUUCGAAAAAUAUAUUAAGCUGUAUUUGGAUGAAACCACUGACUGCGAUUGCGCCUUCAGGAGAAAGAUUUGUCUUCUACUUUACAUUAUAAUCAAAUAGUACAAGCUUUUAAUCGUCUCUUGUUGCCCUAAUUUAUAAAAUACCUCUUCCCAACAGUUUCACAAAGCAUUUGUUGUAGAAUUCUGCUGAAGUGAUUUGGUAGCUUUGCGAGGAAAAAUGAGAUAAACAUAUUGCUAUAUCUCGAAAAAACUAGAUUUGUAUUUUGAAAAAAACAUCUGUGAUCUAUGGAUAUUUAAAAAA